UAAAUAUGUGGUUACACACACACACACACACACACACACACAUGGUAAUGAUGUCGUAACGAUGCCUUUCCAAUAUUUUGAUUGUUUUUUUUUAAGUCUUUAAAGAAAACUACUUAAUGAAGGAUUCUUACAUUUUCAUUACUUCAAAGAAAAACAGAAUUUUUCUUGUACACUGUACAGGUUAGCUAAACAUGGUGAGGAGUCGAGAGGAGAACACGGGAUGUAAAAGGAUGCCAGUACGUUGUGAGGGGAAAGAGAAAGAAUAUGGAGCCUGUGCAUGCAACCAUUCACCACUUCCCGGGACACUUGCAUUGAACAUGAAUGGAACAAAUUCACCAACAUCGGCACUUAUAGCACUGAAUGUGGAAGUAUGUAGCCCUACUGUAAAUACUGAGCAAGCAUGUUCUUCUGCAAAAGGUAGAAAGGCUCAGAAAACAAAAACCAAUCAGACCUACCUGGGUGUCAGAGUAAGAAUGCCUGUAAAAGAUAUGCUCAGAAAUAUUCGCAUAGCUAAGGGCAUGGACCCCAAAGAAAUGCAGAAGAAAGAAAACAAAGGAUCAAAAGGGGAUAAAAAACGAGUGAAUAUAAGUAGUGGUCGGAGAAAUAGGCUGAAAAACUGGCAAACAAAGAGUUUGGAAGAGCUUGCCAUUAUAGUGGAGGUGUUGGAAGAAGACCUUAAGACUAGUACCUCCAGACAGUCAAGUAACCACCUGCCUACAUUUGCCCCAGAGGUGGGAAACAAGUUCUGGGCUAAGAACAUACCUCAGCAAGGGCAUCUAGAUGAGUCAUCUCCAACUCUAAGUUGCUAUGCAGCCACUAAAAAUUCCCCUAUGCAUUCUAUGGGAAUCUAUGGCUCUGCAUAUAGCCAUGCUGCUUCUCUCUUCACAGACACUAAGCUCAAAAACAGUAGUGGUGAAUCAGAUUACGAUAUACACAGAAGGCAGCAUGACAUGAUCUGCUCUCCAACUGACAGCAAAAUGCAUGUCCCAUCCCCACAAGAUAUCUAUUUCAGCACCAAGAUGGACUGGUGGGGUUCACCACACAAAAUAGGAAGUCCAUCAUAUUCAUGCUCAGUGCAGGAGCAGUGGAACAGCAUGACAUACUUCUGGACCCAAGUGGAAAGAGAAGAUCAUCUACUGAACAGUAUCUCCAACCAAGGGCUUCUUACUCAGGAUGAGAGGGGAAGAAUACUCCUCCACCAAGCUGUUGAUGAGGGGAAACGAUCUCUUGUGUAUGUUAUUGCCAGACGGAUGGCAGAUCUAAACAAACUGGACAGCAAAGAUGCAGAGGGAAGGACUUCUCUCCACUUAGCUGCACAGAAGAAUCAGCACCUCGUGGUUGCCGAUUUAAUUUCCCUUGGUGCAAACAUCAAUGAAAGAGAUAAAUAUGGAAAAACAUGCCUCCAUCUCAGUGCAGAAUAUGGAUACAUCAGAGUUUUAGAGGUGCUGAAAAGCUACAUGAAAAAUGGAACAUUUGUAGAUAUGGAAGCCAGAGAUGUAAAUGGGCUCAGUGCACUGCAGCUUGCAUCAGUAGCUCUGAAGAGCAUAGUGGGCGAUUUGGAGAAGAGCGUGACAGUGGGCCAGGCCAGAGUGCAUUCCCUACGUAAAGAGCAGAUGAUGGAAACCCUCAAGUGCCUCCUGCAGAUGGAAUGCAACCUGCAGUGCCUGAAAUGAAGAAAUUGAGCUUUGCUGCUUGUGAUGAUCCUGUUCUCCUGGUCAAUUAGAAGUGGUUUGUCCAGUUACACAACUACUCUGAGCAGGAAUGACAGGUGUCUGUCAAACAAGGCAGUGCUGUUACCUGACGGUAAAUGUUUUUGGGUGAAUACAAGUUUUAACCUGCCACAGAAAAACAGGUAUAUUUUAUGUUUUAUCAUGGUAUGGUUAAAGCUAUGUAUUAUGCAACCAGAUGGAGUUAUUGUGACAAGGGGUCCUUUGAGUCUUUUUAGUCAGCUAAUAACAUAAAUGGUUGUGAGUCAGCUGGUUUCUGUGAAACUUCCACCGUUUGUUAUGUUAAAAUAGCAAAACAGUUUUAAAAAGUGAUAUGUAGUGACCUAUAAGUCUGUUUUUUCCACUUUAUUAGGUUAUGGGUUUUUUUUGUUUUGUUUUUUUUUAAAUUGUGCUCUAAGAGCAAAAACCUAAAAGACAUCAAUGCAUAUACAUUUAACUCUAUACUGAAUUGUGUAAUUGAAAGAAUGACUUCUCAAAGGCAUUUAGGGCUUUGUAGUGCCUGGAAUGCCUUGGAAACUGUUGGCUUGUAGUCUAGGGUAUAGCAAAUGAUGGCUUUUUAAGCAUUACUUAACACAGUGUACAUAUUUAACACAACAUUUAUACAUUUGAGUGAUGCUUUCUAAAAAUUGUCUUUAUUUACUUGGAAGGAUUUAGGAAUUAUUAGUUUGAAUGUUAUCCAAGUUAGUCGAGUUUGAUAAGUAUUACAUACAGGUCAUUUGGUCAAAAUUAGUGCCAUAGCUACCACGGUGACAAAUGAUCUGAUACAAAGUAAAUGAUGUGACUCAGCGUCCUCCAUAAUUCAGCUUUAUUUCUUGGUGUGUCCGAAACUAUUAAAGACAUUCACUAUGUAAACCUAUACGUUAAUAAGACAGAGGUGUUAGAUAUUCAGUGUUACACACACAUAUACACACACACACAUUCACUAUGUAAACCCAAGUGUUAAUAAAACAAAGGUGUUAGAUAUUCAAUGUUAUACACACACAUUCACCGUCCACUUUAUUAAGAACACCUGCACAUUCAUGCAGUUAUCAAAUCAGCCAAUCAUGUGGCAGCAGUGUAAUACAAAAAAUCAUGCAGAUAGAGGUCAAGAGCUUAUACAUCAAAUAUCAGAAUGGGGGAAAAGUGUGAUCUCUGUGACUUUGAUCAUGGCAUGGUUGUUGGUACCAGAUGCACUGGUUUGAGUAUUUCAGAAACUGCUGAUCUCCUGGGAUCUUCACAUUUUCCCCCAUUCUGAUGUUUGAUAUGAACAUUAACUGAAGCUCUUGACCCCUAUCUGAAAGGUUUUAUGCAUUGUGCUGCUGCCACAUGAUUGGCUGAUUGGAUAACUGCAUAAAUGAGCAGGUGCACAGGUGUUUCUGUUAAAUUGAUCUGUUAAAAUAAAGUCAUCUUCAGUAACUGCUUUAUCCUGGUCAGGAUCGUGGUAAACACAGAGCCUAAUUCAAGAACACUGGGCAUGUGUAAGGAAUGCACCCUGGUUGGGACAUCAACCAUCACAGGGCACCAUGCACACACAUACCUUCACACCUAUAGCAGUUUAGAUAUGUCAAACCACCUAUACAUAAUUUAUGAGAGAAAUAUUGGAUAUAAAGGCUACACGUCUAUAGAAAAGGGCUCCUCUAAGGUUAUCUGGAUAGUUAAUGGUUCUUUACUUUCUAAAGGGGUUCUCUCUUCCUCUUCCCCAUGCUGUAGGGGUCUAUAUGGAACUUUUAAGGGUUCCCCCAGAGCACAGGUUCCCAACUCUGGUCCUGGAGUCCUGCACAUUUCUCUCUGUUUUACACACCCACUUCAACUCACAAAAGACUGUUAAGUGAUUGCUAACUACUGACCAUUACUGAUUUAACUGAUUAGUUGAAUCAGGUGUGUUGGGACCAGGGAAAACACUAAAAUGUGUAGGACCAGGGUUGGGAACCUGUGCCCCAGAGGAAUGAGUCAAGGAACCCCUAAGUGUUUUAGAAUUGAAUUUUUUUUUCUCUAAGACUGUAGCAAUAUUCAUUUAGUUAACUGAAAAAUAGUUAUGUUAAAUUGUUCUCUGAUUCAGGAGACUUUUCAAAGAGGACGUAUAAUACUAUUUGAAUUGGGGGUUAUGCAUGAGUUUGUUUUGAAAUUAUAUAAAUGCAUUUAGGGUUUUUUUCAUGCUCACAUUUAAAAAAUUUAAACAGUAAUAUUAAUAUAUUAAUCAAAUAUUCACCUGUCAGUAAUUUGAGGGCAAUACUAUUGUUGGUUCUGGUGUUGGUUUUUUGUUUAUUUUAUAUAAUUUGGGCAAGGGAUUUUUCUUAUUUGAGCUGCAUAUCAUGUCAUCAGGUUGGUGAUUUGAUGAGAUUGUAAUACAUUUGUUGUUUUGUAGUGUAGAAUGUGAUAUUUCAUUGAAUCAUAUGUACGCUUUAAUUGAACUCAGUUUUAUUUGUAUAGCGCUUUUAACAAUAGACAUUGUCAUAAAGCAGCUUUACAGAAAUAAAUGCAUUCAAAUUACAUUAAAUCCAAAUAAAUUGUAAAUAUGUGACUUUAUCCCUAAUGAGCCCCAAUGCCACCACAGCAAUUGCAGUCCCAAGCCAUCACAGUACAACUCCCCAUAUGAGAUCCCAUCCCCCAGACACCAUCCCCAGCAGGCCCAAUGAUCUUCAGGCCAUCCAUGUGGCUUUGCUGAAACAUAAAACUGUGUGUCAUCAGCAUAACAGUGGAAGCUAAUACCAUGUUUAUGAACAAUUUUGCCCAGAGGUAGCAUAUAUAAAGAAAAGAGCAGUGGACCUAAAACAGAACAUUGCAGAACACCAAACUUUACCUAAGUAUGCGUAGAGAAGUCACCGUUUACAUCUACAAACUGAAAAUCAUCAGUCAGAUAAGACAUGAGCCAGGAGAGAGCCGUUCCCCUAACGCCUACAACAUUUUCUAGUCUAUCAAAGAAACUAGCAUGAUCAACAGUAUCAAAAGCUGCACUAAGGUCAAGCAACACAAGCAAGGAGGCACAACCCUGAUCAGAGGCCAGUAGUGGGUUUUUACCUUCAAAAAUUUAAAAAAAUUAAUAAAACAUGAAACAGCAUUAUUAUUAAUCUUAACUACCUUGGAUUUUUGUAUGUAAUCAAAUUAUGAAUAUACAUUUGUUUUAAAAAUAUGCUUUCACAUUAUUGUCACAAACCUUUGGGCAGUUGUUUAACAUCCUGAGGCACUCUGCACAGACCUGCAAGUGAUCACACGCCAUCCUCAAGCUCAUUUGUAAUAUGCUACAAUUGUGAGUCAGUAAAGAGCAAACACACAAACCUGGAGGCGAUCACGUGUAACUGACUACACAAGCAUUGAAGCCAAACAAGUUUGGCUCUGUCUCAAACUGUGCAGGCUGGUACAUAUUGCGGCUUUCUGUUUGGACAUUUUUUGGGCUGUGGUGUGUAGCUUUGCACGCCAUUUUCUUCAAAGUGCUUGUCACAAACAUUUCUGGUAAGUGGUGGAGUUAGUUUCCAACAAAAAAAAUUGGACAUUAAGGUUGCAGAAAGGCUGUAAUCUAAACACGUUUUACUUUUAUAUUUAUUGUAAAAUAUGGCAUUGUGGCAAUAAAUUUCCCCAUAUAUAAUUAUAAACUAGUUGGUUCAAAAUUAGGUAAAAUGGCAUUGAAAGCACUGUUUGCGUUUCCAUAACACAGGUUUUUACCCCCCAUGCAAAUUUUAGUGUUUUCCCUGCUCAACACACUUGAUUCAACUAAUCAGGUAAUUAACAGUCCCUCCUGUAUGGAAGUGUGGGUGCUAGAAAAACAAGAAAAAGUGCAGGACGGGGCAGGUAACCUCUUCUACUCUGAUGUUAUGUAUUGCUUAAUUCUCUAAUGCGGUAUUGAGCACCACCUGCAGGUUUGACUAAUGAAUAUACAAACUUCAACCAUCAAAUCCAUUCCUUUCUGCUGAUAUGCGAGUGCUCCUAAUUAUUUAUAUGCGUACAUUAUAUGUGUCCAUUCUCAAACACACUUUAAUUUUUAUUUCUUUAGAUAUCUUUUACAUUUUAAAACCAGCUAUGCAUAAUUACAAUAAACUCCACAGUGAAUCAUACCCUUCAUGAAAACAAGCACAAAUAAUAAUACCAGGCAAAACCAGGAAGAAUAAAAUAUUUUCACAUUUUCUUUAGUUUCUCAAAGGACAUACCCCCUAGACAAACUAAAUUUGAUACAAAAUUCUGUCUGCUACAAAAUGCUGCAAUUUACGCCCUAGAAAAUAUACCCUAGAACCUGGAUCAGGUGUAACACACUCUAGGGUAAAUUAUAUGGGAAAUAAGGGAAUAAAUGUACAGGUUCCCCCCAGAAUUAUUGUUGCCUAUUAUAAGAUUGAGCAAAAAUGAUUAUAUAGAAUAAAAAUUACACACAAUGUUUCAGAUUUACCACUCAAACACUAAUAGAAGCUACUUAUCUUUAUUCUAAAAAAUCAUUCUCAUUAACUACUUUUUUAAAUAGUAUUUUCUCACUAACAAUGUGCUACCUAUAAGCAAUUGGGAAUAAAUGCAAACAAAAUUGAAAAGCUUGUAUUUCUCUCAGUCCCCAGGGAUUCUUUUGUUGCCUUUAAACAUGCUUGUUCUCUAGGCUAUAAAUAUGAGGUUGCACACAAGUAAAUUUCGUUUAUCAUCUAUUACUGUGGGGAAAAAAAAAACAUUCAACACAAAAGAAAUGGUUAGUAACCUGCACAAAGCAUAUAAUGGAUAAAAUACAUAAGCAGUUAAAAAUACUAUUCAGCACAAUUAAGACCAUAACAAAGUUUCACAUUUGUGAAACAGUUGGAAACUGCCAAGAAUUGGACCCAUGAGCACACCGUCCCCCAAAACCGGAGUCUAUCAUUAAAAAAAACAUACCUAGCCAUCAAAUUACGUGUUGAAAUGUGGGUUUCAGAAACUGCAAUAGAGGAUGGAUAGAGUUAAGCAGAAUACAGCAUGGGCCAUGUUGGUGCCAUUGCACAACCCAGAACAAUAAAAAAGCUGUUUGUAUCAAAUUACAGCAUGACCACACUUCCAGAGCAUGAUUCAUCAAAAAGUGCAGAGGCAUCUCAGCAUUGUAUCUGAAAAUACAUAUUUGGGUAUUUCAUUGUUGACUACCUCCAAAAACAAGGGUGUUCUCACAUGAGACUGAAGCCAGCUGGCUAAACUAACUGCAGAAGUUCAGCUGCUCCUAUAGAAAUAGGUGAUAGAGGUACACUACAUGGCCAAAAUUUUGUGGACACCUAACAGUCACACUUAUAUGUCAGCCUUUCCCAAACUGUUACCACCAAAUUGGAAGCACACAAUUGUAUAGGAUGUCUUUGCAUUCAAUAAGGGGCCCAAACAUGUUCCAGCAUGACAAUGUCCCUGUGCCCAGACCCCUGACCUCAAUGCCUUUGGGAGUGCUGACAGCACCCCAGGCCUCCUUACCUGACAUCAGUGCCUGACCUCACUAAUGCUCUUUUGACUGAAUGGGUAAAUCCCCACAGCCACAUUAGAAAAUCUAGUGGAAAAUCUAGUGCCUUCCCAGAAGAGUGAAAGAUGCUUUAACAGCAAAGGGAGACUAAAUCUGGAAUGGGGUGUUCAAAAAGCACAUUUAAUUUCAGUAGGUUUCUCCUUUUUUACAUCAGCUGAGUGAUGUACCCUUGUCUUUGGCUUAGCUUUGGCACCUAGAGUGUUCACAAAGUGUGUGUGAGAUGCCUUGGACUCCAAUACAGAUACCUUGGAGUGCAAUGACAAGGCCUGGGAAUACUCCUUUAUGUGGUGUUAGGUAGUCUACACUAAAAACUAUUAGCUUCCAAACCUAAUUGCAAUGUUGUUAGUUAGAAGCUUAAGUUUGGAUGUUGUACAUGCUCUGGUUUCCAUAACCCUAAUCCUAGCCACAACCCCUAAGCUUAUAGGUGUAAUAUAUGCAAAAGUUGUUUAAAAUUAUCAAUGUAGUCUACACUAACAACUGUAAGUUUACAAGCCUAUUUUCAAUUUUAUCUACAAGAAUAUUCACUUUUAAAGCUGUAUGUGCUCUGGUUUCUGUACCA